AUGAAGAAUUUAAUUAUACAAUUGCUAUAAAUAUUCUUUGUAUUUUUCAAUUAUGUUUAUGCAAUUGAAUAAAAAGUUAUUGAAGAGUUUACAGCGAAUUCUUUUUUAAGUUCAGAUGCUCCUAAUUGGUCGAAGUAAUUAGUUUUUACAUGUGCUGCGACUUCUUAUGUAGAUUUUUCAGCACUUUCUGUUUUUGGUAUUUUUGGCAAAACAAAUUCCAUCACUAAAAAAACGGUUUCUUCACUGCCUCCGCAUUGGAGCGCAUCAAUUAGAUUCGAUAUGCUUCUUUACUAAGCCUUAGAUUCAGGUCUUGACUAUGUUAGCAUCUAAUCUGAUACUUAAACUCCAGAAAAGUUUUUAAAAAAUGCAAAUAAUGAUGGAGUAAAAUUAUGUGGGACAACCUCAAAUGAUAUUUUAAUUCUUUAUAACAAAAACUUUACACAUUCAGCGAGCUCUCUGACUUUGCAAAUAACAGCUUCGAUGAAUAAAUUAGAAACUAUUUAAGGAUUUGUAAUGAGAAAUCUUUAUAUAUUCAUUGAUACUUGCCAUUUUACUUGCGCUACUUGUAGUGGACCUUCUUAUGAUUAGUGUCUAAGUUGUCCUCUCCAUUCAUCUCCAACCAAUGGAAAUCAAUGUGUUUGCGAUGCAGGAUAUUAUGCUUACUAAUUUUAGUGUGUACCUUCAUGUCCAACUGGAUUUACUCCAGAUUCUAAUAAUUAAUUUUGUGUCAUUGAUUUUUGUGCAGCUUCUGAUUGCUAAACAUGCAGUAAUAAGAUUUGCACUGCUUGUGUCGGCACUAAGAAAUUGCUUAAUGGUUAAUGCGUAAACUCAUGUCCUUCAUAUGCUCCUCUAACUUCUGGAGUUUGUAAAGAUUACUCCAGUACACUAACAAAUGGGAAGUAUUUAAUUAAAGGAGGUUUAUCUGCUGAUACGUUUGGCGAAUCAGAAGUUUAUGGACUUGGUUUCAUUCCUAACGGCUUCAAAGGUACAGGAUAUGGCUUAAGCAGUGGCGCAUCUGUCACAAAAUGUGCAGGAAAAAGCUUACUUGGAGGAGCUUUUUUAUCUGGAUCAGGUGCAUAUAUACAAAGAUCCUUCUAAUAAAUGAGUCCUCAUUGGUCAGUUUUAAUUGGAUAUACAUUAUAUAAGAUUGAUUCUUGGGAGAAUGAGACAGUUGAUAUGAAUGUAGAUGGACAAAUUAAGCAGACAACAUCAAGAAAAGCUACAGAUGGAGCUACCAAUUUAUGUGGAAAUAGCUAAAAAGAUGAUAUUAUUAUCGUCUCUUAAAAUUUUACUCAUGUUUUACCCUCUUUAAAUUUAAAAAUAACAACCACUCUUGACUAAGAUCCAUUUGAUGAAUCCUAUGGUAUUAGAGAUAUCUUUGUAUUAGUAGAUUAUUGUGUAGAUAAUUGCUAAAAUUGUGAUGCUUCUGGAUGCUUGGCUUGUCAAAAUGGAUUUUAGCUAUAUUAAAAGCAAUGUUAUUCUUAAUGUCCAAAUGGAACUUAUAAAUUAAGCUCUUCUGAGUGCGCAGUUUGCCAUCCUUCUUGCAAAACUUGUUUUGCAGGUUCUAAUAAAAGCUGUAACAUUUGCUAACCUAACACAUAUCUUAAUCCUGAUAAUUCAUGUUAAUCUGGCUGUGUUAGCAAUUAUUAUCCAAGAAUUGGAGAUAUGACCUGUUAAAAGUGUGAUAUCUCAUGUUUUAACUGUGUCAGUCCUGGUGACUCUGGAUCUUGCACAUCCUGUACUGGAUAAUUAUAUUUAACUAAAAACUAAUGUUAACAAAAUUGCCCACCAAAUCAAACAAAAGUUACAGCACCAAAUAAUAAUACUUGCUAACCUUGUGAUAAAACAUGCUUAACAUGUAAUGGAACUACUCCGAAUAGCUGCACAAGUUGUUUGGCUCCUGAUCUAUUUUUAUCAACUACUUUUAGCUGUGUAAAUACUUGUAACACAAAUUAAUACAAAAAUACUUAGAACUAAACAUGUUAGCCCUGUCAUAUUAGUUGUUAAACCUGUAAAGGUCCUGAUAAUACUGAUUGUCUAUCAUGUGGUGGCUCUUUUUAUUUAGAUACUUCUAAAGGUAUUUGCUCUAAUUCAUGUCCUGAUAAAUAUUAUAAGAAUACAAGUAAUAACAAAUGCACUUAAUGUGAUGCUACAUGUGUUUCUUGUAGUGGACCAAGCAGUAGCGAAUGUUCAUCAUGUGAUUCCCCCAGAUUUUAUUAAGCUUCUACUAAAUAAUGUGUUACUGAUUGUUUACCAAGUUAAUUUAAAGAUAAACAGCAAAGAGCAUGCAAAAAUUGUGAUCAAACAUGUGCCACUUGUUAAGGACCUUAUACAAAUGACUGCACAAGUUGCUAGGGAUAAUUGUAUUUAGAUACUACUGAAAAUAAAUGCACUGCUACUUGUCCUUUAAGGUUUUUCAAAAAUACUUCUAAUAACUAGUGCUCAAAAUGUGAUAGUUCAUGCUAUUCUUGUGAUGGAACUUAGCCAUUUAAUUGUCUCUCUUGUGAAUUACCUAGGUAUUAUUAAGUUUCUUAGCGUUAAUGUGUCACUCAAUGCAAUAGUAAUUAAUAUAAAAAUGAUUAGUCGUUUAAAUGUUUGGACUGUGAUUCUUCAUGUGCAACUUGUAGUGGAGGAAGCUCAACUGACUGUACAUCCUGUUAAGGAAAUUUAUUCUUAGAUAAAUUAUCAAAGAAGUGUGUUGCAAAUUGUCCUUUUGGUUAUUUUUAAAAUAAAUAAAAUAACGAAUGCAAUUUAUGCAACGAUAUUUGUGAAAGUUGUUUUGGACCUAAUACAGAUAAUUGUAAAUCAUGUGUAACUCCUUACUUUUUCCAGUCAUCAACAAAUAAAUGUGUAACUGAAUGCGCAGUGGGAGAAUAUAAAAGUAAGCCGACUAAGUCUUGUUUGAAAUGUCACUCAACAUGUAAAAGUUGCUUACUUGGUUCAGAUUCUGAUUGUCUUUCUUGUGCUGGAGAUUUAUUCCUUGAUUUAAACAGUAACAAAUGUGUUUCGAUUUGCAAUCCAGGAUCCUACGCAAACAAAUCAAAUAAUGUUUGCGAUAGUUGCCAUCCUAGUUGCUUGACAUGUGACGGAGGAGCAGAUACGAGCUGUACAUCUUGUCUUCAAAACUAUUAUUACUAUAAAAAUACCAAAUCUUGUAUGCGUUAAUGUCCUUUUGGUUCAUUUAUAGAUCUAGUUAACAAAUCUUGCUACUCCUGCAAAGAUUCUUGCCAAACCUGUGAAAAUGAAAAAGGUUGUUUAACAUGUAAGCCAGGAUAUUUUUAUGAAAACCAAUAAUGUGUAUCAGUUUGUUCUGAUGGUAACUAUCCAGAUAAAAGCACUUAAAAAUGUGAAAAAUGUAAUUAAGAAUGUAAAACUUGCACUGGACCAACAAAUACUGAAUGUGUUUAAUGCAAUAAUAGUCAAAAGACGAAUGAUAGAGGAUCUUGUGUGGAUACUUGUCCUUAUUUGCAAUAUAAUGAGUUAGAUCCUUAUCCUUAAUGUCAACCAUGUAAUUUCAAAUGCUCUAAAGGAUGCACUGGAAAGAAUCCUGAAGAUUGCAUUGCUUUAAAAGUAUAAUACUAAGUCAUGUUUUACAUUAUAUUUUCAACAAGUUGUGUCUGGUUAAUUUCAUAUAUUUGGGGAGUUUAUAUUGAUAAGAAAUAAAGUCUACUAGUUAGUGUUAAACCGAAUACUUCUGAUGUAAAAGAAGUUUUUAAGUAAGAAGAAAAUUUAAGACAGUUAUCACCAUAAAGGCAAUCUAGGACUAAUACUUACGUCAAUAAUGAUAAUAUGGAGACGAUUAAAGAGUUAGAUGUUGAUAGAGAUUAAUAAACUAUUAAUAAUUAGACUAUAUCUACUUAAAAAAUAGUAAGACCUAUGAGGAGAAAGAGAACAACAAGGCUAAUGUCAACAGUAAAAUAGAAUCUAGCUUCCUUCUUAGAAAUCUAAGAACCAUCCAGUAAAUUUAUAAGAAAAAAUAGCUAGGAAACAAUAGAAAUGUCACAUCAAUCUAUUACAAACAAUCAAUUCAGAAGAACCUAAACCAACACAUAUACUAUCAACAACAAUAAUAGCAUAUUUUAAAGAUCUCCUUCAAAAAAAUUCUCUACUGUAGUUGCUACUCCUGCGAAGAAGUUAGAAAUUCUUCCAAAUGAAAAGCUUAAAUACGCAAUUCUUGGAUAAGAAUGGAUCUCAAUGCUUAAAUUUUACCAUCCUUCAAUUAGCAGACCAUAUAGAACAACCUUAACUUACCUUAAAUAUCAUUCAUUCCUCUUGUCAACCCAAUUUAUUUAUGAUAACCAGCUCUUUUUAAUUAUCCCCUGUUUAGUCUUUGGAUGGUGCAUAAAAUUAAUAUUUUAGAAAUUUGUCAUGCUCGCUAUCUCCUGCAUUAACAAUUCAUAUCUCAGAAAUUUCAUAAUAAAUUUUUCAUUUUUGGUUAUCUUCCUUUGUUUUAUUGUGCUUUGCUAUUCUCCUAUUUUAGAUAAACUAUUUAUUUAAAAGGAUUAUUAUUGGAGCUUUGUCUAUGCUAGUGUCUUCUUGUCUGAUUUUUUAAUAUUUUAACCAUUGUUUUCUCUUUUUGAGUACCUACUAACAAUUAAAUACCUUAACUAUUAAAACGAUAAUAAACAAUCAAAAAUUUUAAGCAUAUUUAAAAAUGAGUUAUAUUACAAUUAGCUCAAAUGA